GGGGGGCGGGACCGCUGGUUCGUGCCGCACGUGGGGGCCGCGUCCCGUCCCGCCGCCGCAGCGAUGCAGGACCAGGCGCCGGCGGGCGCGGGAGGAGGGGGCCGCGGCCCGCCCGCGCCCGAGUGGAGCAUCCCGCCCAACGCGCCGGCCUGCAUGGAGCGGCACCUGGAGGGCGCGCACUACCGCGCAGACGGGACCCUUCUCCUCGGCGCCUCCAGCUUGAACGCGCGCUGCUGGGUGGGCUCCAUUUGGGUGUUCAAGGACCCAACGAGGGCCCCGAACGAAGGGUUUUGCUCCGCCGGCGUCCAGACAGAAGCGGGCAUCGCCGAUCUGCAGUGGGUGGCUGAUAAAGGCAUACUGGUGGCCUCCGAUUCCGGCGCUGUGGAGCUGUGGGAGCUGGAUGAGAAUGAAACGCUCAUCGUGAACAAAUUCUGUAAAUAUGAGCACGACGACAUCGUGACAACAUUGAGCGUUCUGGAUAAUGGCACUCAGGCUGUUAGUGGCAGCAGAGACUUCUGCGUGAAGGUUUGGGACAUCCCCCAGCAAACAUCACUACACUCCUACAGAGCUCAUUCUAGUUCAGUGACAUGUGUGGCUUCCUGUCCUGGUAAGGAUACUGUGUUCCUGUCCUGUGCUGAGGAUAACAGGAUUUUACUCUGGGAUACCAGAUGCCCCAAGCCAGCUACUCGAAUUGUUUGCAGUGCCUCUACUUACCUACCUACCUCAGUCAUGUGGCAUCCACAGCAAAGUGACACUUUCAUUUUGGGAGAUGAAAAUGGGACAGUUGCUGUGGUAGACACAAAGAACCCGGAUUCUGCCCUCAGCUCUGCUGUGCACUCCCAGACUGUUACUGGGUUUGCAUUUUCUACACACAGUUCCCCUCUUCUGGCUUCAAUCAGUGAAGAUUGCUCAGUAGCUGUUCUUGACUCUAGCCUUUCAGAAGUGUUCAGAAGUCGUUCUCAUCGAGAUUUUGUGAAAGGUUUAUCCUGGUCUCCAGUGAAUAACGCCUCACUCACAACAGUGGGAUGGGACCAUCAGGUGUUGCAUCACGUGGUUCCAGUGCAGAGUGGCAAAAAUCCUGAAACCAAUUGUAUAAAGGAAUAGUUUCAUAAACUUUAGUGGUCCAGAUUCAUCCCUGGUGUUGCUCCAACUGUAGUUGGAGCUGGCUUGUGCAGCCAGGGAUGGGCAUGGCCCAUACGGUCUCAGAGCUUGUGACCAAGAAGAAAGAUCCUGUAGCAGUUGUGCUGUAGGCACGAGCUAAUUACAAACCAGCCCCCUUGACAGAGUUUGGAGUCACCUUGGGACAACACUGUUACGUGAUGCACAGAGGAAUUGCAGGGAAACUGGUAAUUAGGUAAAAGGAAAUAAAACCAUAAAGGAUUUGA